UGUCCCAUAAACGUAACUUCUAGUCUUGGGGUCUUCCCCUUUAUAAUAUUUCCCAUUACUAUCACUUUCUUUGUCCUAAACUGCAACAUAGACACUAAUUAUGCCUACCCAUUCUUCUUCUUCUCCUCCUCUUCUAACUUCACUAUCAUUCUUUUUCGCUUGUUUGCUCAUUUUCUUCCCAUUUUCUGUAGCCAAAACCACUAACACGACUCGCCGUCCCCGCCAACUGUCCGUUAAUUACUAUGCAAGAACUUGCCCUCAAGUUGAACAGCUCGUUGGUUCAAUCACAUCUCAGCAGUUCAAAGAAACACCAGUUACAGGGCCAGCCACCAUUCGUCUAUUCUUCCAUGACUGCUUUGUAGAAGGCUGUGAUGGAUCUAUAUUAAUAUCCACAAAGCCUGGAAGCAAAGAGCUGGCGGAGAAGGACGCAGAGGAUAAUAGAGACUUGAGAGGCGAGGGAUUUGAGGGCAUUAGAAAAGCUAAGGCUUUAGUGGAGAGCAAGUGCCCUGGUGUUGUUUCUUGUGCAGAUAUUCUUGCAAUUGCUGCCAGAGAUUACGUCCACCUGGCAGGAGGGCCUUAUUACCAAGUGAAGAAAGGCAGAUGGGAUGGGAAAAUAUCAAUGGCAUCAAGGGUGCCCUUCAAUCUCCCUCGUGCAAAUUCAACGGUUGAUCAACUGCUUAAACUUUUUAACUCCAAAGGUUUAACAGUGGAAGAUCUAGUGGUGCUUUCAGGUGCACAUACAAUUGGAUUUGCUCAUUGCAAGCAAUUUGUCAACCGUCUUUACAAUUAUCAUGGCACCAAGCAGCCUGACCCUGCCAUUGACCCAAGGCUUCUCAAGGCACUAAAAAUGUCGUGCCCACAAUUUGGUGGAAAUGAGGAUAUUGUAGCACCAUUUGAUGUUACAACUCCUUUCUUGUUUGAUCAUGCUUAUUAUGGCAAUUUGCAGGCUAAAUUGGGCCUGUUGGCCACUGAUCAAGCCCUCUUUUUGGACCCAAGGACUAGGGCCUUGGUUCAGCAGCUUGGGAAGGAUAAGCAAAAUUUCUACCAAGCAUUUUCACAAGCAAUGGAUAAAAUGGGCUCAAUUGGGGUGAAAAGGGGAAGAAGGCAUGGAGAGAAGAGGAAAGAUUGUAGUAUACAUGCCUCAUAAGCAAUUGAUUUAAUUUUUUUUUUUUUUUUGGAUUUUUUAUUUGUUAAUUUUAGUUGAUGCUAGCUGUUUUGGGUUUUAGUUGUUUGGGAUUUGUUGCAGGAGAGGUUUUUUGUGAAUGCAAAGGUGAAAUUGAAAAAUUACUUUUAUUGACAUAAUUAUGAAAUAAAUUAAAUUGGAAUCC